CACACGUUAAUAGAAGAGAAAUGAUUAUAUGAGCCAUAAACGUUACAUGUAUGUAAAAUGACCUGAUGUGACACCAGUUCAGUCUAAGGUCGGUGACGGUGACAUGAAGCUCCGUCUCUUCCUGUUUCAGGGCGAUCAGCUGACUGCACAGGACACUUCAGCGCCUGCGCUUCGUUUCCCCAGAAAUCUCUACAAGAACAUCAGAAAGUCUGAGGUGGAGUCAAAGCUGGUUUUCAUCAGAGACAGUCUCAAGCUCAUUUCCUGUCUGUAUCGCCAUGACAACCUGUCCUCCGCUCCCUGGGACGCCGACAGGACCGAGCGCUUCCUGACGGUCAUCCACAGACAGAUAACGGAAGUGAACGCGUGCGUGUCGCCGAGCAGAGCAGCGGACAGCAGUCUGAAGCGCUACUACGGGAGACUGGCCAAUAGUACUGUGUCCUGCGCUGGUUGCAGUACUGCGUCGUGGGAUCUGCUCAGGAUGGAGACCAAACUGCGCCUGGAUCAGCUGGAGCUGCUCGUGGCCUCCAUCAUCAGAGGUUCAGCUGCUCCCAGCAGGAGGCGCUCUGCAGCACAACAGCAGCACAACAGCAACUAUGACACAGCGUCUGAGGACUCUGGAGACUGUUUCUGA